AUGGGAACACUUGUCCAACUAAUAGGCUUCCCUGUUCUGUUUCUCUUCCGCUUCUUUUCGAAAAUCAAGAUACCAAAAUCAACAGAUACAAGCUUUAGACAGUUCCCAUCCUUCAUCACCCUUGGAUCAGUUUACAUUGUCACUGGUCUAAUAGUGUCUACUAACUCUUACAUGUCUUCUGUUGGGUUGCUCUACUUACCAGUUUCAACUUUCUCCCUCAUCUUAGCAUCACAACUAGCCUUCACUGCCUUCUUCUCAUACUUCCUAAACUCUCAGAAGUUCACACCUUUCAUCAUCAACUCCUUGUUUCUCCUUACUAUCUCCUCUGCUCUCCUUGUUGUCAACACUGAUGCGUCACAAAGCACAUCAAAUGUUUCUAGAGUAAAGUAUGUGAUAGGGAUCAUAUGCACAAUUAGUGCUUCUGCUGGUAUUGGACUGCUUCUAUCUCUGGUACAACUGAUCCUCAGGAAAGUCUUAAAGAACCAUACAGUCUCAACGGUUAUGGACUUGGUCGCUUAUCAAUCUCUAGUUGCAAGCUGUGUGGUUCUCAUAGGACUUUUUUGCAAGUGGGGAGUGGGAAACUUUGACAAGUGA